UGUCAGCGCCAGGAGCGAGCACGUGUCACUGCGUGUUGAAACUUGCAGUGAUGGAGGGUGAAACGCAACCUGCCGACGAGGGUCUCUGCGCCCCAAAUAUGUGCGGUCAGCAGCGGGGUCCAGACAGCAACCUCAAAACCUUCUCUAACAGGCGGUUGGCGGGGAAGGCGCGGUUCCACAGACCCACAAUGGUCGAUAUCUCGCUGCUGGGAGACGGCGGCGGACAGAACUACACUCAUUUCAGUCACCAUCAUCCGCUUCAGCAGCAGCAUCAGCAGCUCCACCAAACCACCCACACCAUCAGCAGCAGAAGCCAGCGUAACCCGACAUCCCAGCUGCAGCAUAACUUCCCAUGCAAUAACAGGCCCAGCAGCAGAGUCGCGACAUCUACCUCGACAACGGUGGGGAGUGUGGCACCAGCAUCACUUUGCCUUCAGCAGAUGGUCAGCGGUGGCACCACGGUGCACCGGGACCCCACCUAUACACCAGGACGAGCGGCGCUCAAACAUGAAUCACCUGAUUGCGUUUACAGGAUAAGCUCAGAAAACCAUCUCAUCUUGGAUGCUUUCGCACAGGAGUGUAGCCGUGUACUCACUAUCCUCAACGGUGGCCGGUUCGUGGAGCCCCAAGAUCCUCUGCCCUCCUCCGUUACCUCCCACAUCAAGCAGGAGGAAAGCUGCCUCUCUAGGCCUGGGGGGGAGUCAAAGCCAGAUGCGGGUCAAGUGGGUCACUGCCCCAACCUGGGCAAGCCACAGCCCAGGGAGAGCUCCACCAUUGAUCCUGAUGAUGAAGCACAGCACAGUCACUGGAGCCAAAAACAAACAUACGCAUUCCUGCACAUCUUCACAAAGUCCCUCCAGAGCUACCUGUUCACCAGGCCCCAGCAGCCCCACCCGGACCUGGGCCUCGAGGGAGAGCGAGUCCCAUCGGCCGAGUUUAGGGUGUCACCCAGCAAUAACCUUGGGGGCUGGAGCUCCCCAGCCCCUUCGGAGUCCUAUGGCCACCCCUCGUCCACCCUGCCGGAGGAGGAAGAGGAGAGCUGCUGUCCUCGCUGUGUGGAGCUGGAGCAGGAGAUGCUGUGUCUGCAGAAGGAGAAUGAAGAGCUGCGCAACAAGCUGGACAACAUACCAGCUCCCUGCCAGACUGUGCUGGACUUCUUCAAGACUGUUCUCCAGCACCAUAACCAGUUUAUACAGCCCAUGUCACAGGAGCAACAAACCGAGGGCAGUAAACAGCUCCUGGGGAACUACCCUCUCUUCUUCACCAACAAGCAGUGGGACGAGGCUGUCAACUCGUCCAAGAAGGACGGCCGGCGGCUGCUGCGCUACCUGAUCCGCUUCGUCUUCACUACGGAUGAGCUCAAGUACUCGUGCGGCUUGGGCAAAAGGAAGCGCUCGGUUCACCCAGGAGAGCCUGGACCGGAGAGACAGCCCCUCAACCCUGUCAAAGUCACCUGCCUCAGAGAGUUUAUCCGAAUGCACUGUGCCUCCAACCCUGACUGGUGGUUGCCUUCUGAGGAACAGAUCAACAAAGUAUUCAGUGAUGCGGUGGGUCAUGCGCGCCAGGGUCGGUCCGUGGGGGAAUGUGAGAGAAAUUACAAGAUUAUGUUAUAAUUAUUUUAUUGCAUCAAAUGGUUGUUUUAUGCAACAGAAUAGAGGAUUCUUAUAACUCUAUUGUGUCUGUGAACUGAAAGUGGGCCUCUGAGAGAUUUAACACUGACAGGAGAUGUUUUAUGUCUGUUGGGUGAUAAAACCUAAAGAGACUGCAGUUAAUGUUUCUGUUCUAUGAGGUACCAAGGAGAGAUGACUCCAGGGCCAGACCCUGGUCUCUACACAAUGAUAUUUUUUUACAGAAGAUACUGUCUGCUGUGAAUUAUAAGUAUCUUUCAUACACAUCUUAACCUUGUGACCCAUUCCAUACAUCUGUUGUUUGGCAUGUAGACUGAAGGAGGUGUAUCUUGGCUAUAAAAUACCUUUGUAUCUUUGUCUUGGGGCUCUCAAUGUCGACCAGCUAUCAUUAACAUAGAGCACUCAAUAGAUUCACUUUAUAUGUGUGUGUUGUAUUGACCUGCUCCCUUAUUAAUAAGUGAAUAAAGGUUUAGUUUAA